CUUCAAUUGUAUUUCAUCAGCUAAAAGUGUAAAUAAUAUAUUAUAAUUUUGAUGAUGGAUUGACAAAUAAUUGACAUGAAAUCGGUCAUCUUUUUAUCGUUUGUGGUUAUAUGUGGACUUGUGAAUGCUCAAUCUUUAUUAGUGAAGACUGAAUAUCAAGAUGUAUGUUCAAAACAAGACUCGGAUUCACUUCAAAGUCGAGUAUCAAGAUCGGAUGUGGUUUUGACAGCCACAAUAGUUCGAACUGAAACCGAAAAUCCGGGUUCGGAAAAACCGACUGACAUUAAUACAGAACCUGAUCCAAUGAAAUAUUCUGAUGAAAGGCUUAGCAGCAGAACGGUGGCUUACGUAAAAUUGUGGAGAGUUGUUAAAGGUUCCCUUGCAGAAGUUUCAAAUCAUACAUCGGGCCCACAAGAUCUCUUAUCAGAUGAAAUCAACCUUUCACACAGUGGGAUUGAGAGUCCUAUUUUAAAAUUAUAUGGUCUCUGGAAUGACAAACUCUGUGGAUCGCAUCUUUCAACUGGAGAUACUCGAGUAUUUUUUCUGAAAAAAUUUCGAGACGUGAGGGAAUUAAAUGAUGAAGAUAAUUAUGAACCGCCGGCGGACGAUCCUUUGAAAGUUGAGUCUAUGACGCUACCUGGUAAACUUCAGAACACGUCUUCAGACACGAUGGAAGAUUCUACAACGGAAUCUGAAACGACACCAUCAAAACCUAAAAAGAAAAGGAAAAAAGGAAAGGGACCAAAAAAGAACAAAAAGGGCCGCAAAGGAAAAAAGAAAAAGAAAAACAAGGCAACGACAAAAAGUGGCAAAAAGUCACGAAAAUCAAAAUCGAAACGAAAAAAAAGAAAUAAAAGAAAGUCGGACUCUGUGCGAGGGGAGCUGGAAAAAAUGUUUAAAAGACCAAAACGAAGCGCAGUAAUGCCAAACAAAGUCACACGAUUGUCUGAAAGAGAGGUCAAAGUUCGUAGACAAAUCGAUAUUGAUCCAAGAUCGGUGUUGGUCCUGCACUCAUCACCGGCUCGAAUAACAUUGGCGAAUCUGAACAGUGUAGAAGAUCUUUCAAAAUUGUAAUCUUCUCUAAUCUUCGGCAGCUGGUCUGCACGAUUGAGAAAUAUUUCGAAUCAAUUAAACUUCUCGUGAAUAAAUAAACCGAUAUUGUUGCUACCAAAAUAUGGAUGAUUUCGCAUAUUGAUGUUUGAAAAUGUCCAGCAUUUUGUCGAAAAAGUAUUUUCCUAAAAGUAUUUAGGGCAUAAGACA